GGCAACGCUGGCAUUAUUAGUCGAACCGGCAACCGGCAAGGACAUUUGCUUCUCCAGUUUCGCCAAAAUGGCUCUUUCAGUAUUCUGCCGAAAGUGGAGAUUCUGUUCUCUACCUCCACCAGUGGUACCAUGCCGGAGUUUUCGAUCGGACGCAGCUCUUGAAGCCCUAUCCAAGGCCUCCGAAGCCAAAACCCCAAGCGUCCUCGUCCUCUAUAACUAUCCUUCCUUCUCCGGUGCCUUCUCCGCACUCUUCGCACAUCUCUACCACUCCCGCCUCAAUCUCCCUUGCCUCAUUCUGCCUUUCUCGUCCGCCAUUCCCUUCCGGGUGGAAGAUGUGUGCAUUCAAGGACUUAAAGAGUGCUACUUUCUUGAUUUUCUUGGCCCAAAAGGUUUUGCUUUAGAGCUUUUCAAGCAAACAUCUUGCAAGGUAAUAGGAUUUGAUCAUCGUAAGUCGACGUUGGCGAAGAUUCCUGCUCCUAAGGAAAAUUUGAAUGAGAACCUUGCGUUACAUGUCAAUCUUGAGAAGAGUAGCUCCUUUGCUGUCUAUGAAUAUUUCUCUUCUAAGCUUUCAGAAAUUGUCUCGGAUGAUGAGAACAGUAUAGGUCUGACAGAUCCUAAAGACCGAGAGCGUGUGGAAUUGGUUCUCAAGUACAUUGAAGAUGGAGAUCUUCGUAGAUGGAGUUUGCCAGACAGCGAAACAUUUAAUGUUGGUAUUCGUGAAUGGCGCUCGAAGCUCAACUGCAUCACUAAUCCACAGAUGUAUAAGCAGUUGAUGGAGAUGAGUGCCAUGGAUAUAAUUGCUGGAGGCAUCUCCUCUGUGUCUACUCGACAGAUUGCUGCAAACAAAUUGUUGGAUAAGGUUUUCAAAGUUCGGUUGGGCAGAGGCUUGUAUGGGGAAUGCCUGGGGGUCAGACUUUAUGGUAGUUCAGAUUUAAUUGAUGAGGUUGGCAAGGAACUUAGCAGAAGAAGUGCUGUGGCUGGACUAAGGUCUAUAGGAGCUGUUGUUUACAUGCAACGAAACAAUCUUAAAAUGUGUUUGAGGAGCAUGGAUGUCAAUACUGAUACUUCCGAAAUUUCUAAGGCUUGUGGUGGAGGUGGCUCUCCAGGUUCCAGCUCCUUCAUCAUCCGGAUGGAUGAAUAUAACAAAUGGCUCUCAUCAUGCUCAUCCUGAGCGCAUUAACGUACAGAGAUGAAUUUUCAUCCUGUAAUAUAAAUAUUUAUUUUCCAAAUCCCAAACUAGGCUUAAAGAAGUUGAAUGACAUUGUUGGAAGGAAAUGGCUGUACAAUUAGUCGAACCAGCAACCGGCAAGGACAUUUCCUCAUGAAGCUUAGCCCAAUGGCUCUCUCAUUGUUCUUCCUUCCACUGUCCCCCACGACCACCAGUGCUACCAUGUCGGAGUUCUACAUCGUAGGCCAAAACCCCACAUGUCGUCAUCUUCUACAGCUAUCCUUCUCCUCACUCUUUGCACACCUCUACCACUCCCGCCUCAAUCUCCCUUGCCUCAGUUUGCCUUUCUAUUCCACCAUUCCCUUCUGGUAAGACUAAUACUACUAUAUUCACAUUUCCUCCAAGUUGAUUUUAUUGUCCCAAAAAAAAUGAAAAAAAAAAAAGGCUAGCAUGUUUAGCAGUAAUAUAUUUCACUAAUCAGUUUCUUUCAUAUAGUGUGGAAGAUGUUUGCAUUGAAGGACUUAAAAGAGUGUUACUUUCUUGAUUUUCUUGGACCAAAAGGUUUUGCUUUAGAGCUUUUCAACAUUUCCAAAGCUUUUCUUGGACCAAAAGGAUUUUUGGCAUAGAAGUUGCAUAAGAAUAGGAUAUCAUAAUACAUCAAAGCAGCUGAUUGACAUAUUUUUCCUACUUAAUUGGGAUUGCUAUGGGCUUUGAGAUUUCUUGGAGGUUUAGCAUCAGAAUGUUGAAGAAAUAGUUGUGUACUAAAUGUAAGAUACCUAAAGUCCUCUGUGUUAAUGAAAAAUCCAAUGAGGCUACAAAUGCAGAUGAUGUGUAUAAUCACUUAUGCAUUAGUGCACUGGACAACCUUCAAUUGAGGCCUUUGGCUGUUGGACAUGCUGCCAAUUCACAGUAUUCCCCAUUUGUACCCCACCAAGUCACUCCUUUAUUGUCCAUUCCGAGUGUGAAGUAUAGCAGCAUGCCCAUGAAAUCUAUACCAGCAUCCAGAGCUGCUGAAAGAAUGUAAUUGUACCUUUGCCACCACUGCUUUCGGUAAUGGAAGACAAAAUAGUUGAAAAUGAUCCCUACUAUGAUCUAGGCAUUGUAAUUUAAUCGUGUUGCUGGUGGGAUGGCACCUCCUCCUCCCAGAAGGACUGGAAGGUUAAUUAGAGGAAUCCAAGAAUGCUUUGGAAAUGCCUUGUGGAAGAGCCAAACUAUAGUAGAUCCCAGGGCCCCUCGAAGAAAAAACCAAUUCAUUUCAGUGUAGUUUCCUAGAGUUCCAAAAAUCCUUUUAGGUCCAACCAAACCCUCUAUGGCAGAUGCAUCAAAGAACGCCCUAUCUCCAGGGUAUGUCCAUGGACUAUCUGGUGGAAGGAGGUCAUCCUGGCAGAUGUUCUCAAUGGGGUGCAGCUGCCACCAUGCCACAGAUAUGUUGAUAGUGCUGCUAUAAUUGUUCCUAUGAACUGGAUCCACCCAAGAAAGAAUUAUAAAACCUGAUGGUAAUAUUUCUGUAAAAUAUGAUUUUCACUGCCAACGAAACAGCUUUUGCUACAGAACUCCUUGUUCUUGCAUGUUCGCCUGGGCAGAGGGUUGUAUGGGGAA